AUAUAUACGAGCGGGAAAAUUUGAUGUUUUGCACGAUCGACUAGGGAGCGCGAUCGCGAUCGAGCGCGAGCGAGCAGCGCAUGCAGGCUGCGCUGCUGCGCUAGCUAGCUAGCUAGCUAGGCGCUAGUGCGCGCUAUAGCGCGAUAGUAUAGCCACAGCGUCGAUACCGAGGAACUACUGAAACGAGGGGGAGAGAGAGUCAACAUUUUGUAUUUGUAAACAUCCUUUGAUUGGAAUCAUGCCACGAAGGUGGAACCGAUGGCACAAACCAAGUUCUUUGUACUCAGAACCAUGGGGGAGGGGCUCUCAGUCCCAGAACAGCAAGAAAAAGUCACAGUCCAAGAAGAAGCGGAACUAUGGCAACCGUUAUUCCUUGACCGAAGCUCUUUCCUUGACCAUGGAUUAUUUGAGCCAGUCAACAUGGGAUGAUGGCAUAGAUGACAACGAGCUCCUAGGGUUGGAUAUCCCCAUAGCAACGACCCAAGCUGGAACCAAUGAUGUAUUCCUUGGUCAGGUCCUGGGCCACAUCGUUGGUCUGCAAUACUAUUCUGGCACGGUAAAUACAAAUGAGAUGGUGUCCCUUGUUCGAGAGCCUACUAACAGGUACGAUAAGAAUGCUGUGAAAGUGGAAAACAUAUGGGGGCAGCAAGUUGGUCACAUCAAGAGAGAGCUGGCUGAAGUAUUGUCAUACAUCGUAGACAAUAACUAUGCACGGAUUGAAGGAGUGGUACCAAGGGGCACCAACAACAUGUACAAAAUGCCUGUAGAUAUUUCGCUGUAUGGUCCACAAUGUAACCAAACCGUAGUCCAGCAGAGGUUGAGGAGCCGAGGAUUCAGCAUCGGGAUGAUAGAGAAAAGAGCAGGACUAUCGAAUGCCCCAUCACAGACCAAGAGCCAGAAGUCUUCUACAUACAAUCCCAGAAGUGCCCUUGGGAAGUCGGUGACGUUGUCAGAGGCAGAGAUGAAGAAUGAAGUGGAUACCUUGUUCGACAAUCUCAAAUCUCAGGACAAAACUACGGAGCAAGAACCCAGUAAGUGGAUUGUAAGUACGAUGUACCCUCACCAGAAGCAGGCCCUCCACUGGAUGUUAGCCAGAGAGAGCGACGACAAGCUGCCUACGUUCUGGGACAAGACAGCGUCCGGUCUCUACCGCAACUCCCUGACAAACUUCACCAGCGCCAAGCGACCGGACAGCGUGCGUGGCGGGAUCCUGGCAGACGAGAUGGGGUUGGGGAAGACUCUGUCCGUCAUAUCGCUCGUCAUGCACGAGUUCGUGAUGCCAGAGUUCGCGGACCUCCCUCCGGAGUGUGUUGGUCUUCCUCCGUCUUUGCCGAGCUUGCCGGAAGCACAGGAGAUGGAUUGCAACAAGCCUUCGGCAAGUCAGGUUACUCAGAAUGUGGUAGAUGAAGUAGUGGUGAUCAAGGAUUCCCAGGAUAUACCUGUCAUUUCAGAGGAGGUGAUAGUAAUACAGGAUAGUCCAAGUCCCAAUAGUAAAGAUAUAAUUGUCAUUAAAGAUGAAGCACCUGUUGUCACAAGUUCCUCAAACACUGCAGCAGUCACAGCCACCGGUAGACCCAAGAGGGCAAGUGCUGCUAAUGUCAAGUUUGUCUUCAGUGAUGAUUCAGAUGAUAAUCCAUCACCUAUAAAGAAAGCUAAAAAGAAGCAGUCAAAAUCAGCAGCAGUUCCCAAAGUCAAAGGUCAGAGUGCUACGAAGGGUAAAGGAAAGGGCAAGAAGACACCCGCAGGAGAUGCAUCAAAGACAUUGUCUACUAUCCAAGAAGUGGUUCCUCCACCAGGACCCAGCGUAACAGUCAACACAGUACCAGGUCCAUCAAUUGCCGCAGGACCUGGCCCUAGUAAACCAAUGACCUCUCACACUGUAGAUAGCCGAUCAAUCAACUCAAUGCCGGGUCCUAGUCCAUCAAAUGCCUCAGGACCUGGCCCUAGUAAGUUAGCCAUCUCUCAUGCUGGAACUAGCCCAUCAAUCAACUCAGGAUCUGGCCCUCGUAAACCAGUAGCAUCGAGCUCUGCACCAGGUCCAUCAAAUGUCGCAGUACCUGGCCCAAGUAAACCAACUGGAGUUGGGGUCAUAGGUCACGUUGGAAAUGGAGAUGCCAAGGGCCCCCGUACUACCCUCAUAGUUUGCCCACUGUCUGUACUUUCAAACUGGAUUGAUCAAUUCAGUGAACAUGUUUCUGAUGAGGCCCAGGUGAAUGUGUGUCUGUACUAUGGAGCAGAAAAGAAGAAACUGAAGGCCGAUUAUCUCAAGCAACAAGACGUUGUCAUCACUACGUAUAAUACCAUGGCUGCUGAGUACAAGGCCAAGAAGGAGAAAUCUACCCUUCAGAAGGUGGAGUGGCUUCGGAUAGUUCUGGACGAAGCCCAUACCAUCAGGAACCAUGGCACCCUCCAGACACAGGCCGCACACGCCCUCAAUUCCAGAUGUAAAUGGGCUCUCACAGGUACCCCUAUACAGAACAGUAUUAAAGAUCUUUGGUCGUUGAUUGCAUUCCUUGGGUUGGAACCCUUUAAAUCAAAUCAUACCUGGUGGCAGAGGAUCAUAGGGAGACCGAUUGCUAACAAUGAUUCUGCUGGCAUAGACCGGGUGCGUAAGCUGAUGAACACUCUCGCCCUGCGUCGGAUGAAAUCCCAGAAGUUAAACGGUAAACCUAUUGUGGAUCUACCGGCUCGGAAUGUCGUCCUCCAGUACGUGGACUUCUCCGAUGACGAGAAAGAGGUCUACAAGACCAUGGAGAAGGAUGGCAGACUGGCCGUCAGCAAAUAUUUCCAGCAAGGCACUGUCUUAGAUCACUAUGGUGAUAUUCUAGCGAUCCUCAUGAGACUGAGACAACUCUGUUGUCAUCCUGCUCUCUGUGCUAAGGCUGCUGCUAACCUAUGCCACGCUACUGAUGCAAGUGAGAAGACGGAUGAAGAAAGAGCUCAGCUGGUAGCAACCUUGGUCUCGUUCCUUAGUCAAGGAGCUGAUGAGGAGUGUUGUAUCUGUCUGGAGUCCAUCGAAGAUCCUGUCAUUACAAGAUGUGCCCAUGUCUUCUGUCAGAGGUGUAUCGGUGAAGUAAUCAUCUCAGAAAAGGAACGUGCACGCUGCCCUCUUUGCCGACACCCGGUAAGCCGGGAGUCCCUUGUCAUGGUGCCAAAGGAUAGAUCGGAUACUGGAAAUGAAGAUGCAGAAGGAGAGUGGCAUUCGAGUGCAAAGGUGGAUGCAUUGAUGGAGUGUUUGCUGACACAGAGGGCAGCAGACAAGACAACAAAGAGUGUUGUUGUUUCUCAGUUCACCUCAUUCCUUGACUUGCUGAAGAAACCCCUCAGUGAGAAGGGUUUCAAGUACACCCGUCUUGAUGGUUCCAUGUCACGCGUUGCUCGUACCGAGGCUAUAAGAGAGUUCAGCAGCGAUGAUCCAGACUCACCACAAGUCUUCCUCCUAUCGCUCAAGGCCGGAGGGGUCGGUCUGAACCUGACGGCAGCUUCCAGGCUAUAUCUCCUUGACCCUGCAUGGAACCCAGCGUGUGAAGAGCAGUGCUUUGACAGAUGCCAUCGGCUUGGACAAACCAAAGAUGUCACCGUUACUAAAUUCUUGGUGCGUAACAGCGUUGAGGAAGCCAUGCUUCAGCUUCAAGAGAAGAAGAGGCAGUUGAUGAAGAGCGUCUUUGACGGCAAAAAGCAAACACCUGAAGAAAGACGACAGAACCGGGUCAGGGACAUCAAGAUCCUCAUGGGAAUGAACAGCCAGCAGUAGGACCAGAAAAGAAGACCUGCAGAAGGUCCGCGGAAGAAAGGGCUUGAUGGCAGCGACAGGUUUGUCGGAUUCAGUGACAACAAAAGAAUCAUUAAAAUACCCAUUGAGCU